AUGAAUAUCACAUGUGGCCAUCAUCCUGGGUGUAAAGACGUUAGCAUGUAUCCACUUUCUGCAAAAUCAGCGAAUAGUGUUAACAACCAUACAGGACAAAAUUAUGGGGCCAAUCAACCAUAUUUCAAUUACGUUGCCUAUCACCAAGUGCCAGCUAUGGAUAACCAGGCACAAUCUUGUGGAGUUUGGGGAUCUCAAUAUGGAUCACCUCGGGAAGACUGGAAUACCUACUCUGCGUCACCAUCCAACACCAGUAACAUCCAUCCAUCUGACUUGUCACCAAACCAAUUUCCUUAUAAUUCUCCUGGUUACAAUUCUCCACAUCCUUCCGGACAUGGGAUUUUACAUUCCGCAGAGGGAAACCAUACGGUCACAAUUUCCCCUGGCAGUCAAAAUUCUUAUGAAUGGAUGAGGAAAACAGUGCAAUCUACAUCCACAGGCAAGACAAGAACCAAGGAAAAAUAUCGGGUUGUGUACACUGAUCACCAGAGACUGGAGCUGGAGAAAGAGUUUCAUUACAAUAGAUACAUCACAAUCCGACGGAAAACUGAACUGGCCACUAGCUUAGGUCUUUCUGAGAGACAGAUAAAAAUCUGGUUCCAGAACCGCAGAGCCAAGGAGAGAAAACUCUACAAGAAGAAGAUGAAUCAGUUUGAUGGAACAGGCUCUCUGCAAAGUGAUUCAAGUUCCGCCAGCCCUAAUCCACUUUGUGACUCUCUGCCACAUGCAGACAUGCCAAGCUCUUUGUACCAGCCACCACAACUUGCACAUAACUUGAACAAUGGCCUACAGCCUAACAGCAUAAUACAGCAAGUCACGGUAUAA